AUGUGUCAUAUGCAACAUCCGUGUUUCACUCUUAGCGUGAUUUUGUGUAUUGGAGCUGCAUACGGCCAUUGGGAAGAUUAUACACCCAAACCUGUUGUUAGAGAAAGCUUGAAAGAGUUCCUAAGAGGAACAAAAGCUUGGUACAGUCGCAAACUAGAGGUCAAAGUUGCCGAUGACAUCUCUUCGUACGCUCUGCGCUACAACCUUAAAAAACCAGGAGACGUAACGGAACUAUUAAGAUUUGUAAAUGACUUCGAAAUGGCAUUUUACUAUAAAGCGAUAUACUUCAAGUCCAAGCGUCAACUGUUCAAGCAGAUUAUUCAUGCUGAAGGAAAAGUCGGCUGUGCUCACCUUCCGCAUUAUCCCCGCGGAUACAUAUGCCUCAUCGAAGUGCCUUGGGGAAAUUUUUGA